AUGCGCGACACCGUCCGGGACAGCGACGCAGGCUCUGGCCUCCUAUCAAUGAGCGCGCUGUGCUGGGUGGUGAAGAGGAUGGAUCGCCUGACCGGCGACGACCGUCGCAGUGCGACCAGCAUGGACAAGGUCCUCGUUUCGGGGUUGAAGGAGCUGCGGAUUCGGAUGAUGACAUACAUCAAGGAACACGUCGCACGCAGACGGUCAGGCCAUGUCGGAGUUGGUGCCGAUGCCUGUGACGACGACGCCGCGGAGCCCCCUUCGGCAUCCCAAGCAGUCGGUGUCGCCGACACCAGCGGAGAGGCCGGAGACGGCGUCGACAAGGCAGAUGAGGAGGCAGAAAGGGCUGUGGCGAGGACCGCGGAUCAGGAAAAGGAGGAGGAGGAGGAUGACACCGACGAUCAGGAUGAUAACGAGGAGGAUCGUGAGGAGCGUGAGCAGGGGCAUGGGCAGGAGGAGGAGGAGGAGGAGGAGGAGGAGGAGGAGGAGGAGGAGGAGGAGGAGGAGGAGGAGGAGGAGGAGGAGGAGGAGGAAGAGGAGGAGGAUGAGGAGGAGGAGGAGGACAAGGAGGCGGCGGCGGCGGAGGCCGUGGAGCAGGAUUUCGGGUCGGUGGAGCAGGUGGCGGAGGGGGAGAAGCAGGAAGAGGGGGAGGAGGAGGUAGAGUUCCCCUGGGUCGAAUUCGAGAUGGAGGAUGUUGAGGGAGCGGCGGCGGUGGCCGUGGAGGGAGCGGCGGCGGCCGUGGAGGGAACGGCGGGCCGUCAACCGGGUUCCUCAGCAGCUGGUCGGCAGGCAACGCCGGCCGUCGUCGCGCAGCUGCGACAGGAGAACAUGUGGCUGAGGGCAGAAAAUGCUCGUCUCGAGACGGCGCUCGGAGUGGAGAGGGGCCGGGUGGACAGGUUCGCGAUGGGGAUUGGCCACCUCGUGGACAAGCUCAGGUCGUUGGCCGACCAGGUCGCCGCCUCCGACCAGGACGCGUCGAGUCGGCUGAUGGACGCGUCCUUGACCAUGGCGACGACCGUGACGGAGAACAUCACCGCCAACAUGGGUGAAGCAUGGGAUGCGAUGAAGGCGUACGCUGAGAGGGCGGAGAGCUGGUUGGACGAUCUAGAGAAUCCGGAGGGGUUUAUGGCGACCAACAUCGCCGCCGCGGUAACUCAACGCGUCGCCGUCCCGCCGCCCACGCAGCCCGCCCCACCGCCAGCCUUCCCGGACGAGCUCAUGAAGUCUUUCAAGGCGGACGUGUUGAAGCUGGUGACUGAGGCCACCCAGCAGUCGUUUGCUGCGUCCGGGUUAAACCUAAUGACCCAGGUGAUCGGCCAUCUGGCGCCUGGUCGGCAUGGGUCGUCGCCGUCGGACAACGAGGCCGACAAGAAGGGUGCGAAAAGGGCGGGCGGCGGAGAUGAUGCGUUGAGCUCGAAGCGGAGCAAGGGAGCCGAUGGGAGCCGCGGCGUCGGCCAGGUGGGUCCAGGCGGCUCGCGGAGCAAGGGAGCCGAUGGGAGCGGAGGUACGAGCGUGGUCGACCAGCUGAAGAAGAACGGGGCCAAGGUGAUAAGGACGCACAGCAAGGGCGAUGGAAUCAGGAGUGCGGAGGGGGGCCCUGUCGACCAGGUUGCCGCUCAAGAGGCUGGACCAACAGCCCCGCCAUUGGUCGCCGAGAAGCCGGCCAGUCUAGCGACCGCACCAACGGCGAUAGAUGGCGGCGCCAAAACCGUCAAGGGACCGUCCGUCGGAGUGGCGGGGACCACGUCGAUCCCCCGCAAACCCCCUGCGGCUUGCAGCGCGCCGGUCGCCCCGUCAGCCGCCAACAACGAUGGGCCGUCCCUUGCGGCUACUCCAGCACCAGCAGGCACGUCUGCCGCCAAGGUUGACGCGGUGGAUGCUGCGGCUAACCGCGCUGGUCCGUCCGCCCCAAAGGCGAACGCGCUCAGGGAGAUGCUCAGCCGCAUGGAGACCCAUCGACAGGACGUGCAGCAGCCUCCCGUGGUCGGUACCGCACCGGCCACAACAGCACGUCGCUCGGCCACUCCCCAGGUCGCCGCCACAACGUCCAGUGCCCCACCUACCACGCCUAUCAUCGCCGCCCGUCCUCCUGUGGACCCAAAGUCCGCGUUGCUUCGCGCCUGGUUAGGCGCACGUACUGCGGCUACGCCAGCACGGGCUCAGCCGGUAUCCAGCUCAUGCGCGACGCCGACGUCGGUGACCGUAGCUGCACACACACUCGGUGCGGCUAUUGUCGAGGCGGUGGCGGAGAAGGGCGUGAGUGCAGCGCUAGCCACGGGCGGCAGAUCAGUUGACCCUGCACAGGCGGCGAAGGACCACAACGACGCCGAUAUCGCUGCCAUCCAGUACCUGUUGGAAGCGGUAAACCGCCCCAAGCAGCCCCCUGUGCUGGCCAUCUUGGACUCGGCGAGUCCCACCGGUUGUACAGCGGAGCCAAAGACGACCACUGCUGCGGUCGGCGCGGGAAAGUCGAAACGGAAGGGGACGGUCAACGCAAGGAAAGCGAGGCCGAGCUCGAAGAAGAAAACACGGGCGACGUCGGCGAUGGUGAAGUCGGUGGAGAAAGGACAGGGGAUGUCGACGGCGAUGGUGGAGAAGGAGAAGGAGGAGGAGAUGGAGGAGAAGAAGAAGGAGGAGGAGGAGGAGGAGGAGAAGGAGAAGGAGAAGGAGGAGAAGGAGAAGGAGAAGGAGAAGGAGGAGGAGGAGGAGAAGGUGGAGGAGGCGGAGGUGGGGGAGGAGGAGAAGGAGAAGGAGGAGGAGGAGGAGAAGGAGGAGAAGGAGGAGGAGGAGAAGAAGCUGGAGGAGGAGGAGGCGGCGACGGAGGAGGAGAAGGUGAAGGUGAAAGAACGGAAGGGUCAUGGCAUCCGCCACGACACCACGGGCGACAAGCAAGGGUGGGUGGGCGAGAUUAAGGUGGUCGGGAACGAGAGCAGAUACAUCGGCAAGUCCCGCGACAAGAUGGAGCUGGCGUACCUUCACUCGAUUGUGUACCUCCUGUACGACGGUUACGUCAGCAAGAUCCUCAUGGCCGAGCUCACCGGCUUGGAGGAAACAGUGAUGAAGCAGUGGAGGGCGGUGUGGAAGGAAGUCCGGUUCUUGCCGACUGGGAUGUGGACGGUGAUAUGGGCACGGGGCGCGUUCCUCCCAAAGACACGGUUCGAUGAUAUCCUCGGGAAGUAUCGAGCGUACAAGACAUCAAGCGAUGCGCACCACGAUGCGCUUUUGCCCGCGAUCUGGUUCCCCGUCGAUGCCGACACGAAGUCGGAUGCAAUGAUGUCGGCCAUGAUUGAUCGCGUGUCCAUGUGCGCGGCGUAUGGGAUGGUCGCUGCAUCCGCGGCGAGAAUGGAGGGCGACACGGAUCAGAAGACGGCGAAGGUUGCACAGGCGCUGUCGGCCUCCGCUUGCGCCCUGUGGUGCUUAGUCGAUGGCGACGGCGCCCAGGUGGCUGAUGCCGUCCGCGAAGGGAAGGCGGCGGCGAUGUUGGUUGGCGCCAGCGAGACUACCGCCGCCGAGUUCAAGAAGGUCAUGACGGCGGUGCUGGAGGUCGCGAUCAGCAGGCAGCAACCCCUUGGGGAGGUUGCGCACAACGUCGCACCGGCGCUGGAGUCCACCGCUCUUGCCAAAGCCUAUCCGGGGUUGGAUGUUGAAGCCGAGGCCAAACUGAUCGCACGAGCGACGGUGGAAACCCUCGCGUUCUGGGGAAUGUGCCCCGUGGAUGGGCCGAAACUCAGGAAGAUCGGCAUCGCGGUGCCGCUUGACGCGCAGAUGGAGUACGACAUCGAACACAGGGGGAGGAAGAGGCCGAGGGGCAAGCAGGGCAAGGACAGCUCGGGGAAGAAGGGGAAGAAGGGCAGAGCGGGCAAGGACAGCACGGCGGCGUAG